GGGGCUCUCUCCAACGGCAGAAGCCGCUUGUCCUAAGGCGGCCUAGCGGGGACCUGGACGUGUCCAAAUGACGGCAUCAAUGAUGCUGCGCCUACCCCGAAGCCGCCAAAAAAAAAAGUAAAAGGCCCUAUGAUUUCAAAAGUUGCCUUUUUCCACUGCCAAGGUUUUUUUUUCCGGCAUUCUUUAUUUAACUUCUUUCCUCUCAACAAAUUAUCACCCCGCCGCCGCAGUUGAUAUUUGUGUAAAUUGAAGCUCCUACCAUCUUUUACUAGCUUGGUUUUCUAGAUUGCCCAACCAGUAUUAUUUGCCUUACUAUCAGCCUUCUUGCGAGAAAAGAAAAAAAAUCGGUGAAGGAAAAGAAGAUAAUAGCUACCUGUUACACGAUUUCGCAACUCCCUAGCUACUGAACACGACUAAGGCUUCCUACCACACACACACACUUUCUCUCUCUCUCUCUCCUGCAUACGAUUAGACGACGGGCGGAUUUGUGUUCGGCAGCGGAUAAUAGACGAAGACGGAAGAAUGUCGAAACGAACGGGCGGUGCGAGCAAUGGCGCCGCGGCAAAGUCCAACCAGACGAGCGUUACUGAUGAGCCUUCGUAUAAGAAGCAGAAGGACCUGCUAUCGUCGACCACGGGCCAUUUCUCUUUGCUGAAGGCUUUGCACAUGGCGGAUUACAUCACUGAACUGAACGGCGCCUGCGGUAUUCUAUCCGUCUUCUCGUCCCUGCGCUACUGCCUUGGCGACCCCUCGGACAAGACGAACGUAUACCUCGCGCUCGCGUUCCUGCCCUUCGGACUGUUCUUCGAUUUCAUGGACGGCCGGGUCGCGAGGUGGCGGAAGAAGAGCAGCAUGAUGGGGCAAGAGCUGGAUUCGCUGGCAGAUUUGAUCUCCUUCGGCCUGGCGCCGGCCUGCGUGGCGUUCAGCAUCGGCUUGCGGACGCCGGUGGACCAGGCACUCCUGGCAGCGUUCGUGCUGUGCGGGCUGACGCGACUCGCGCGCUUCAACGUGACGGCGAACAGCGGGGAUAUCCCCAAGGACGCGAGCGGCAAGGCCAGCUAUUUCGAGGGCACGCCCAUCCCGACGACUCUUGGGCUCGACGCCCUUAUGGCCUGGUGGGUCAGCAAAGGCUGGAUCCUCGACCAGGUCCCCGGCGGCGUCCUAUUCCCCGGCACUGCCUUCGAGGUCCAUCCCGUCGUCGCGUUGUUUUUGAUUCACGGGUGCUUGAUGUGCAGUAAGACGCUACAUGUGCCGAAGCCUUGAUGUGAUGUAAUGAAACGUUCGUGUGUCGAAUUUACGAGACUCCUCUCUUUCUCUCUCUCUCCGCCCCGUCCGUACCGUUAUCAUAUGAACAGGUGGGGAGGGGUUAAAUAUGCGUGGUUAGGUUUUUAUGUGGCCUGUAUUUUCUAUUUUUCUCGGGUUUUGGCUCGGAGCGUUUGGGGUGUAGGGGGGAAAUAGGGAGGAUGAUGAUGAUGAUGAUAGAUACCUACCUAGGUACCCAACCUACCUACUCUACUUAUUUUGUUAAUGAAAUGGGGUUGGGAAGGGUGUGUUUCUUCCGGGUAUGCGGUACAAGGGGGAUAAAAAAUAGCGGAAAGAAAAGAAAUGAGCGAGGGGAGGGGGUGGAAAUGCUUGCUACUGUUGCUGCUGUUGCUGUUGAUGUUUGUGUAUGGGGAGGAGAGGGGAGGAGAGGGAGGCGGGAAAGGAGGAUAUCACGCAUAUAGUAGGUGUGCAGGUAGACAGGUAGACAGACAGGCAUACACAUAGAACGAGGAUAGCGGACAGGGCAGAGCAGAGCAAGAGAGCGGGUUUGUUUUUGCGUUUUGCGAGUCUUGAAAAUGUGCAGGUUUUCUCUCUCUUUUUUUUUUUUUUUUUUUUUUU